GAAAAUGUGAGAGUAUGUACCUUGAGACAUUAAUCGACGUGCUGAAUGACAACCUUCAGUUCCCGUCACCUAAUUACAAGAGCAAGCUGAGAUAUCAAUCUGUCAUCUGGUUUGGGAGCCUUCAGGAGACGACGGCAAGAGUACUACAUGCUGGGAGACAGUGCGACUGCGCAGAUGGUGACUGAGAGACAAGGUUGUGGCCGCGACGCCACACCUCCAAGGAGCACACCUGCUGUAUGCGUGAGUGAUUACCUAUCGGCACACCAACAUGGUGCUACUGGAGUUUCAACUUGGAGCGUCAUGGGGCGGUGAUACUGCAGUGGAAGCCAUCUUUGAUCAGGACAAAGCGCUCCGACUGUGGAAGCUUAUAGGCUGCCAUACUGGCAGUUCAGCGACUCCGAUAAGGUUAGCUGGAUACCUGGCCUGGCUGUUAGCUUUUCUAAGUUACCUGUUGCAACUUAUCUUAAACUGUGUGUUCCAGUGGAAAACAGAUAGGUUACGACAGGACUGUAGACAGGCGCAAGACUCAUUCAAGGAGUGCGCUCAAUUCUUUGGCGAAGAAUCGUCUCGAUCGACUGAUGCCAAUGCCUUCUUUGCGCUGCUCUUCAGAUAG